CCCGCGCCGGGUGAGGCCGCCGGGGCCGUGCGCGCUGGUCCGUGAGUAGAGGGAAGAGAAACAAACCCACAGCUCCAGACUCCUGCAUCGCUCCAGAAGCAAGGGGAUCCGCGGAAACGUGACAUGGCUCCCGCCGGCGUCCUGCUUUGCUUGCUGUCUGCAGUGGUGUUCUCUCUACUGGACGGAAGUGCGGCCUUCCUGUCCCACCACCGCCUGAAAGGCAGGUUUCAGAGGGAUCGCAGAAACAUUCGUCCCAACAUCAUCCUGGUGCUGACAGACGACCAGGACGUGGAGCUCGGUUCCAUGCAGGUGAUGAACAAGACGCGGCGCAUCAUGGAGCAGGGCGGGGCGCACUUCAUCAAUGCCUUCGUGACCACGCCCAUGUGCUGCCCCUCGCGCUCCUCCAUCCUCACCGGGAAGUACGUUCACAACCACAACACCUACACCAACAAUGAAAACUGCUCCUCGCCCUCCUGGCAGGCACAGCAUGAGAGCCGCACCUUUGCCGUGUAUCUCAACAGCACGGGCUACCGGACAGCUUUCUUCGGGAAGUACCUUAAUGAAUACAACGGCUCCUACGUGCCGCCAGGCUGGAAGGAAUGGGUCGGCCUCCUCAAAAACUCCCGCUUUUAUAACUACACGCUGUGUCGGAAUGGAGUGAAGGAGAAACACGGCUUUGACUACUCCAAGGACUACCUGACGGACCUGAUCACCAACGACAGCGUGAGCUUCUUCCGCACGUCCAAGAAGAUGUACCCGCACAGGCCUGUGCUCAUGGUCAUCAGCCACGCAGCCCCCCACGGUCCUGAGGACUCAGCCCCCCAGUACUCAAGCCUCUUUCCUAAUGCAUCUCAGCACAUCACCCCAAGCUACAACUACGCGCCCAACCCCGACAAGCACUGGAUCAUGCGUUACACGGGGCCCAUGAAACCCAUCCACAUGCAGUUCACCAACAUGCUGCAGCGGAAGCGCCUGCAGACCCUCCUGUCGGUGGACGACUCCAUGGAGACGAUUUACAACAUGCUGGUGGAGACGGGCGAGCUGGACAACACCUACAUCGUAUAUACGGCCGACCACGGCUACCACAUCGGCCAGUUCGGACUGGUGAAAGGGAAGUCGAUGCCCUAUGAGUUCGACAUCAGAGUCCCGUUCUAUGUGAGGGGCCCCAACGUGGAGGCCGGCUCCCUGAAUCCCCACAUCGUCCUCAACAUCGACCUGGCCCCCACCAUCCUGGACAUCGCUGGGCUGGACAUCCCCUCGGAUAUGGACGGGAAAUCCAUCCUCAAGCUACUGGACACGGAGCGGCCAGCGAAUCGGUUUCACUUGAAAAAGAAGCUGAGGGUCUGGCGGGACUCCUUCCUGGUAGAGAGAGGCAAACUGCUGCACAAGAGGGAUGGCGACAAGGUGGAUGCCCAGGAGGAGAACUUCCUGCCCAAGUACCAGCGCGUCAAAGACCUGUGUCAGCGCGCCGAGUACCAGACAGCGUGCGAGCAGCUGGGGCAGAAGUGGCAGUGCGUGGAGGACGCGUCGGGGAAGCUGAAGCUGCACAAGUGCAAGGGCCCUGCGCGGCCCGGGGGCAGGGCCCUCUCCAACCUGGUGCCCAAGUACUAUGUGCCGGGCGGCGAGGGCUGCAUCUGCGACAGCGGGGACAGCCAGCUCACCCUGGCCGGACACCGGAAGAAGCUCUUCAAGAAGAAGUACAAGGCCAGCUACGCCCGGAAUCGCUCCAUCCGCUCGGUGGCCGUCAGGGGUUACCACAUCAGCCCGGACGACACAUCCCGGCCCCGCAACCUCACUAAGCGGCACUGGCCAGGAGCCCCUGAGGACCAAGACGACAGGGACGGCGGGGACUUCAGUGGUACUGGGGGCCUCCCGGACUACUCAGCCCCUAACCCCAUUAAAGUCACACAUCGGUGCUACAUCCUGGAGAAUGGCACGGUCCGGUGCGACCUGGACCUGUACAAGUCCCUGCAGGCCUGGAAGGACCACAAGCUGCACAUUGACCAUGAGAUCGAGACCCUGCAGAACAAAAUCAAGAACCUAAGGGAAGUCCGAGGUCACCUGAAGAAAAAGCGGCCAGAAGAAUGUGACUGUCACAAAAUCAGUUACCACUCCCAGCACAAAGGCCGUCUCAAGCACAAAGGCUCCAGCCUGCAUCCUUUCAGGAAGGGUCUGCAAGAGAAGGACAAGGUGUGGCUGCUACGGGAACAGAAGCGCAAGAAGAAACUCCGCAAGUUGCUCAAGCGCCUGCAGAACAACGACACGUGCAGCAUGCCCGGCCUCACGUGCUUCACCCACGACAACCAGCACUGGCAGACGGCGCCCCUCUGGACGUUGGGGCCUUUCUGCGCCUGCACCAGCGCCAACAACAACACGUACUGGUGCAUGAGGACCAUCAACGAAACCCACAAUUUCCUCUUCUGUGAAUUCGCAACCGGCUUCCUGGAGUACUUCGAUCUCAACACAGACCCCUACCAGUUGAUGAACGCAGUGAACACCCUGGACAGAGACGUCCUCAAUCAGCUACACGUGCAGCUCAUGGAGCUGAGGAGCUGCAAGGGUUACAAGCAGUGUAACCCCCGGACCCGGAACAUGGACCUGGGACUGAAAGAUGGAGGAAGCUAUGAGCAAUACAGGCAGUUUCAGCGUCGAAAGUGGCCAGAAAUGAAGAGACCUUCUUCCAAAUCACUGGGACAGCUGUGGGAAGGCUGGGAAGGUUAAGAAGCACGAGCUGGACCUCCAAAACCAGAGGCAUCACCUGUACAAUGAAAAACCCUGAAUGAUUUCCAGCAGACCUGUGCUGUUAGCCAGGAGGCCGAGACACACAGAACCCGCCUUCAGUCAAUGCGGCAGAUUCUGGACGAGAACCAACGGGAGCAGUGAGACUUCUGGAAGUCCAUGCUUGUCCCUGCUUUUGCUUUGGAUUAUACCUCACCGGCUGCACAAAAUGCAUUUUCGUAUCAAGAAGUCACCACUAACCCUUUCUGAGGGGCUCACAAGGGAAGAAGAACAGAGCGAUUUUCUUGGAAAUUUCCCCCAAGGGUGAAAGUCACUGGAAUUUUCUAAAAACCACAGGGAAAGAACCACCCUGUUUUAAAGCCUCUUAUUCUUUUGGUUCAUCACAAAGAAGGAGCAGGACAGAGGGAGGAAAUGGUGCACCAAGUUUGACAAUGAGUCAGCAGCACAAAAGACAUGCAUUUCUAUCUUGCCCUAUAACCCUGGCUGCCUCUGAAGACAAUGACUUCAAUGUAUAUAUAUGUGACUAUUUACAUUGUAACCAGCUCGGAAACUUCUAGGGGAAUCUAAUAAGAAAACCCAGUUUUCAAGAGUGGUGGUGUUAAUAAAUGGUGUGGCCCGUGUAAAAGAAAACCCCGUGCAGUUGUGGACAUUCCUCUUCCUGACCAGAUGCCAUUUCUCCCAGGAUUCCUUCGUUAUCUGUCCCAGAACUGAUGUUUUUUAAAGUCCUGCAAAGACAGGAAGUUGAUGU